UGAUGAGGAAAGCUUUCAGGAAACAUGAAUGAGAAAUGUAACAGGCGGCUUCUGUUGCUGGUGUCGGUCGUCUUGUUUAUGGUGAUCACAUUCCAGUACGUUUGCCCUGGAGCCAGCUCCUGUCGAAUGCAGUGGGGGGACAGCCUGAAGCGUAAGGCUCUGUCUCCCCAUGGUCAGCUUCAGGGGCCGGAGGAGCGAUUCCAGGGCGCGUUCCAAUUCACCGAGCGGGAGCUCUGGAGGCGUUUGGAUUUUGACAAAGGGGACGACGUGAUCGUCUUCUUGCACAUGAAGACCGGCGGCACCACUUUCGGGCAUCUGGUGAGGAACAUCCGGCUGGAGCAGCCCUGUGACUGUCGGGCCGGCCAGAAGAAAUGCACUUGCCACCGGCCGGGCAAAGAGAGCUGGCUGUUCUCCACCGGCUGGAGCUGUGGGCUGCACGCAGACUGGACCGAGCUAGUCAACUGUGUGCCAGCUCUCAUGGAAAACUCUCAGAAACGAGACACUCACAGGAAUUUCUAUUACAUAACAAUGCUGAGAGAUCCGGUAUCCCGCUUUUUAAGUGAAUGGAGGCAUGUCCAAAGAGGAGCUACUUGGAGGGCUGCAUUACACAUGUGUGAUGGCCGGACCCCGACACCGGAUGAGCUUCCGACCUGCUACGCAGGGGACGACUGGUCAGGGUGCAGUUUGCAGGAGUUCAUGAAUUGCCCUUAUAACCUGGCCAACAAUCGCCAGGUCCGUAUGCUCGCUGACCUAAGCCUGGUGGGCUGUUACAAUGCAUCCACCAUGGGAGCCAGCAGGCGCAAUGAAAUACUCCUGCAUAGCGCCAAGACUAAUCUGAAAGACAUGGCCUUCUUCGGACUGACCGAGUUCCAGAGGAAGACCCAAUGUCUGUUCGAAAAAAUCUUUCAGCUUAGGUUCAUUUCGCCGUUCACCCAACUCAACAACACCCGGGUGGCCAGUGUGACGCUGGACCGGCAAACCCGAAAGCACAUCGAGCAGCUGAACUUUCUGGAUGUGCAGCUCUACGACUACGCGAAGGAUCUCUUCCUGCAGCGUUUCCAGUACAUGAGGCAGAAGGAGCGCCAGUCCGAGAAAAGGAAGUGCCAGAAGCAGGGAACGCACGGAAUCCCGACAAAGCGCAAAGACAGCGUGAUGACAGAUGACUAUGCAAGUCUGGUAGAAAGGUGGUGACUAAUUCUCAUCCGCCCCUUCGUUCAUUCAUCCUGGGCAAUUGACAUUUUUAAAAAAACACACGUGGGGUCUGUGUGAAACCUGCAGUAGCAUCAUUCUGUGUCAAGCCACAGUAAACCUGUCUUGCGCUCUCUUUGUCGCUGGAAUUUUAACUCCAGUCUAAUCUUCGCCUCUACAUUCUACGCAAUUCCCAGGCCCCAUCUCACUGGUACGCUCUUUCAGUUCACCCUCGGUUCAGUUCAUGUUGUGGGAAAUUUAGGGUCGAUAUUACUCUCAAUGUUAUGAAUUAGAGUCAUAGACUCUGAGUUGUACAGCACGAAAACAGAUCAUUCGGUCCAACUCGUCCAUGCCGACCAGAUGUCCUAAAUUAAUCUAAUCCCAAUUGCUAGCAUUUGGCCCAUAUCCUUCUAAACCCUUUCUAUUCAUAUUUAUACACCCACCCAGAUGCCUUUUAAAUGUUGUUAUUGCCUCUAGCCUCUAACAUUUGCUGUGGCAGUUUAUUUCAUACACACACCAUCUUGUGUGUGAAAAAGUUGCCCCAUAGGUCCCUUUUAAGUCUUUCCCCUCUCACCUUAAACCUAUGCCCUCUAAUUCUGGACUCAUCCACCCCCAAGAAAAAGACCUUUACUAUUCACCCUAUCCAUGCCCCUCAUGAUUUUAUAAACCUUUGUAAGGUCACCUGUCAGCUACCAAUGCUCCACAGAAAAUAGCCCCACUCUAUUUAGCCUCUCCGUAUAACUCAGACCCUCCAACCUGCAACAUUCAUGUAAAUCUUUUCUAAACCCUUUCAGGUUUCACAACAUUCUUGCCAUAGCAAAGAGACCAGAAUUACAUGCAGUAUUCCAAAAGUAGCCUAACCAAUGUCCUGUAUAGCCGCAACAUGACAUGUCAACUCCUAAAUACAAUGCACUGACCAACAAAAGCAUGUGUGCCAAACAUCUUCAUCACUAUCCUAUCCACCUGCGCUCCAGUUUCAAGGAACUGUGAAUUUGUUCAGCAACACUGCCAGGACCUUAUCAUUAAGUGAAUAAGUUGUGCCCUGAUUUGCCUCUCCAAACUGCAGCACCUCAAAUUUAUCUAAAUUAAAUUCCAUCUGCCACUCCUCAGCCCAUUGGCUCAUCUGAUCAAGAUCCCAUUGUACCCUGAGGUAACCUUCACUGUCCACUACACCUCCAAUUUUGGUGUCAUCUGCAAGCUUACUAACCAUACAUCUUAUGUUCAUAUUCAAAUCAUUUAUAUAAAUGAUGAAAAGCAGUGGACCCAGCACCGGUCUUUGUGGCACAACACUGGUCACUGGUCUCCAGUCUGAAAAGCAACCCUCCACCACCACCUUGAAGCCAGUUCUGUAUCCAAAUAGCUAAUUGACCCUGUAUUCCAUGUGAUCUAACUUUGCUAAUCCGUCUACCAUGAGGAACCUUCUCGAAUGCCUUACUGAAGUCCACAUAGAUCAUGCCCACUGCUCUGCCCUCAUCAAUCAUCUUCUUUACUUCUUCAAAAAACUCAGUCACAUUAAUUCAUUGCACGAAUUCCAUUUAAUUGUCAAAGGUACUUUGUCAGACAACAGGCAGUGCAGGUUCAGGAACAAUAUAUAUAACUGUGGAAUUGUGACAAGUACAUCCAUGCAUCAGGUCAAAUUCAACACCAAAAUAACUACAGCUACUGCCAUAUUACAAGGCCACGUUUAAAAAAAAUCUGUUGAAGUUAGCUCAAUAUUGUGACAUUUUUUGCACUUUCAUGUUAUUAACGAAAUUUGCAUCAAUAAAGCACACAUGAUUUAA